CCCGCGGGCUGGCAGGGCAUUCACGCAGGCGCGCGGUGCUUGGGCUUAGUUUCCCCGGCGGGCAGCCGGGCGUUCUUCGGCUCCCUGAGUCAGGGUUGGGAGUCCCGCGGGUGCGGCGGCGGCGGCACCAUGUUCCUCCACUCCGUCAAUCUCUGGAACCUGGCGUUUUAUGCCCUCAUGGUCUUCAUGGCGACCCUGGGGCUGUGGGACGUCUUCUUCGGCUUUGAGGAAAACAAGUGCAGUAUGAGCUACAUGUUUGAGUAUCCGGAGUAUCAGAAAAUAGAACUUCCAAAGAAACUGGCAAAACGCUAUCCUGCAUAUGAAUUAUAUCUUUAUGGAGAAGGAUCCUAUGCUGAAGAACACAAAGCUCUCCCUUUAACAGGUAUUCCUGUUCUCUUUCUUCCCGGUAAUGCUGGAAGUUAUAAGCAAGUUCGUUCUAUUGGCUCUAUUGCACUUAGAAAAGCUGAAGACAUUGACUUCAAGUACCACUUUGAUUUCUUUAGUGUGAAUUUCAAUGAAGAACUGGUGGCGCUAUAUGGUGGAAGUCUUCAGAAGCAGACCAAGUUUGUGCAUGAAUGCAUUAAAACAAUUCUCAAGCUCUAUAAGGGUCAAGAAUUUGCUCCAACGAGUGUGGCAAUAAUUGGUCAUUCUAUGGGUGGCCUUGUUGCAAGAGCUUUGCUUACAUUGAAAAAUUUUAAGCAGGAUCUGAUCAAUCUUCUUAUUACACAAGCAACGCCUCAUGUUGCUCCUGUGAUGCCAUUAGAUCGUUUCAUUACAGAUUUUUAUAUGACUGUAAACAACUAUUGGAUUCUGAAUGCUAGACACAUAAAUUUAACCACGCUGUCUGUAGCUGGAGGAUUCCGGGAUUACCAAGUUCGUUCAGGACUGACUUUUCUACCAAAAUUAAGCCAUCAUACCAGUGCCUUAUCUGUUGUGAGUUCAGCAGUGCCUAAGACCUGGGUUUCAACAGACCACCUCUCCAUUGUAUGGUGUAAACAAUUACAAUUGACUACAAUUCGAGCAUUCUUUGAUCUUAUUGAUGCUGAUACUAAACAAAUAACUCAAAAUCCCAAGAAGAAAUUGUCGGUUUUGAAUCACCACUUCAUAAGACACCCAGCAAAACACUUUGAGGAAAAUCCAUCAAUAAUUUCUGACUUAACAGGGACAUCUAUGUGGGUUCCAGUAAAAGUGUCCAAAUGGACCUAUGUGGCUUACAAUGAAUCUGAUAAGAUAUAUUUUACAUUUCCCCUUGCAAAUCAUAGAAAAAUCUACACUCAUGUCUAUUGUCAGAGUACCAUGCUGGAUACAAAUAGCUGGAUUUUUGGCUGCAUAAACAGCACUUCUAUGUGCCGGCAAGGGGUUGAUUUAUCAUGGAAAGCUGAACUGCUGCCAACAAUUAAGUCUCUGACGUUAAGACUUCAAGACUAUCCAUCUUUGUCUCAUCUUGUUGUUUAUGUACCAUCUAUUCAUGGAAGUAAGUUUGUUGUAGAUUGUGAAUUCUUUAAAAAAGAGACAAGAGCCAUACAGCUUCCUGUAACUCAUCUUUUUUCCUUUGGAUUGUCUUCAAGGAAAGUGAUAUUAAAUACAAGUGGCCUGUUCUAUAAUAUAGAGCUUCUGAACUUUGGACAGAUAUACCAAGCUUUUAAAAUCAACGUUGUAAGCAAGUGCUCAGGAGUGAAAGAAGAAAUUACUAGUAUCUAUAAACUUCAUAUUCCCUGGUCUUAUGAAGAUUCACUAACCAUUGCACAGGUUCCAUCUGCUACAGCAAUUUCUGUGAAACUCCAUAUUGCUCAACCAGAAAAUGACAGCCAUGUAGCAUUAUUAAAAAUGUAUACAUCAUCAGACUGUCAGUAUGAGGUGACAGUUAAGACUUCCUUUUCACAAAUACUUGGACAGGUAGUUAGAUUUCAUGGUGGAGCUCUUCCUGCCUAUGUUAUAUCUAGUAUCCUUCUCGCUUAUGGAGGACAGUUAUACUCUCUUUUCUCAACAGGUCACUGCUUAGAAUAUGCUACUAUGUUGGAUAAAGAAGCCAAACCAUACAAAGUUGAUCCUUUUGUAAUUAUGGUUAAGUUUCUGUUGGGAUACAAGUGGUUUAAAGAAUUUUGGGAUAUGUUAUUGUUACCAGAAUUAGAUGCCAUCGUUUUAACUAGUCAGAGUAUGUGUUUCCCCCUUGUAUCGUUGAUUCUUUUUCUGUUUGGAACAUGUACUGCCUAUUGGGGUGGCCUACUCUCUUCUGUGUCUGUGAGACUCCUUUCUUCAUUGUGGCUGACUUUGAAAAGGCCCUCUGAACUUCCUAAAGAUAUCAAGAUAAUAUCACCAGACUUGCCCAUUUUGACAGUUGUUUUGAUCAUAGUUAGUUGGACAACUUGUGGAGCAUUUGCCAUCCUUCUUACUUAUCUUUACUAUGUGUUUAAGAUUGUUCAUCUGCAAGCCAGCUUAACAACUUUUAAAAAUAGCCAGACUGUGAACCCCAAACACUCUAGAAGAAGUGAAAAAAAAUCCAAUCACCAUAAAGACUCUACAGUACACCAUCUCCGUUUAUCUGCCAGUGAUGCUGAAGAUAGUCUUCGCAUGCACAGUACUGUGAUUAACUUAUUAACAUGGAUUGUAUUACUCAGCAUGCCAUCUUUAAUUUAUUGGCUGAAGAAUCUUAGGUAUUACUUUAAACUUAAUCCUGAUCCAUGUAAACCUUUGGCAUUUAUCCUUAUUCCAACUAUGGCAGUUCUUGGAAAUACUUACACUGCUUCAAUAAAAUCAAGUAAAUUGUUGAAGACUACUUCACAGUUUCCACUUCCUCUGGCUGUUGGUGUGAUUGCUUUUGGGUCAGCACACUUAUACAGGGUUCCAUGCUUUGUCUUCAUUCCUCUUUUACUCCAUGCAUUAUGCAACUUUAUGUAAGAUUGGAUUUAAGGAAUGAUAAAGAUCAGUUAUGCCUUUAGGUCCAGUAAUAAGAGGGAACACACAGAUCCAUCAGUGUGGACAGCAAGAUCCUUUGGAGAAGAGAGGUCUAUUUUUACAAUGUUGAAAAUAGGAAAUUAGUUUUGUAAUGCUUGAGGAAAGUAGUUGAAGCAUGGUUUUGUUUUGUGGUAUGACAUCUGUGUACUAGUCAUUAUGAAAAAUCAGUAAAAGGACAAGGUAGCCUCUGUCUUUGAGGACUCUGCAUAUCAGCUAGUCUGCUUGAUUGGCCAUACCAAGAUCUUCUCCUAAACACUCAAUAAAUUUAGCAUUGUUUGUAUCCUCA